AGACGCGGGUGGUGAUGUCUCGCGCGUUUCGCUCUAUGAGAGGGACCCGACGCGUCGUCGGAUCGAAUCUAAAGAAUGAGUGACCACUGGCGUCCCCAUGGGAGACGUAACACGCACGAGAGAGAGCGUGGCCUGCGGCUGACAGUCCAGUAUUGACGCGACGGCGACUCGGAAGGACCCGAUGUUAAUAUGUGCUGACGCGGGCAGCCAGCGGCCCAGCGUGGCGGCCCCCGGGACGAGGAUUUGCAGCGAUGAACGCAAUGGCCAGGCCGCCUUCCGAUGUGUCGUCGCUGUACGGGCCAGCUGUAAUGGUGCGCAGAGGACCCGUCUGAGUCUGCUCGCCACGGACUUUGGGGAGGGGCAACGCCAGGACUUGUGUAUCGAGACGAAGCGGCGGGGCAGCGGGCCGCUCCGAGCGGGUCGGAGGGGAUCAAAAUGGAGGACAAAUUGGGACACACGGUCACGUUCCUCGCCCCGCACUCGGCCGCGGUGCGCCACAACUGGCAGCGCAAGCUCAAGGUUCGUGCGACUCGAUGGGCCUCGCCUCUGGCCACGCGCAUGCUCCCCGUCUUCGCGCGGCCCCUCUUCCUCCCCUUCCACAUCCAUCCCCUCUUUUCACCUCGCAUCGCCCUCUCGGCUCUCGCUCGCAUGGACACGGAAGCAGCAUUCGAAUCAGCACAGAUUGGUGGUCGCGGCAGAGGUCGUGGAAGAGGAGGCUUCAGAGGUAGGGGCAGAGGAAGGCCGCGUGGGCGGGGCCGCGGUCGCGGUGCUGCGGCUGGGGCAGGUGAAGGUGGAACGAGUGAAGAGCCGUACGGAGAGGUCGAAACGACCGCGUCGAUCGUCGAGAUCAUCGAGACGGAGGAGAUUCCGAUUACUGAAGAGGUUGAGGGCGGCGCAGCAGAGGAAGAGCCCGCUCAGGGUCAGCGCGGACGCGGAAGGCGCGGAGGACGACGCGGGUAUCGGGGUUGGCGACGUGGAAGGGGCAGGGGCAGGGGCGCUGCACCUGCCGAAGACGGCCAUACUCAGCCAGGCGAAGGUGAACAGGCCGAAGGGACGAGGGAGGCUCGCCCUCCUCGUACGAAGAGGGAACGACCUCCAAGGCCACACUUGACACACUUCAUCUCUCUCCCAAUCGUACGUUUGCCCGCAUCUGUGCAUCGUUAGUGACUGGCCUCACAUUCAUAUGCGACAUAGGGCCACCACGCAGAUCUCCAAAA